ACUCUCAAAAGUUCCCAUGUGGGUCUGUUGGGGGUUAAUUAUGUGCACCCUCCGCCAUUUUUUUUUGGCAUUCUGAUAAAUAAGUUCUCCCCACUGCGGGAGUUAGGAACUGAUUUUUCACCUUUUACAUGUACGCGUUAAAAAAAAAAAAGCCGGGGGGCAGCAUGCUUGAGAAAACAAUCCUUGUUCAGUUACAACGGCUGGUCUCUUCGGCUUCCUCUUUUUGCAGCCUGAUUCUCGUCCUCUGUUGCAUACUUCCUUCGUUCGUAAGUCCCCUGGACUGACUCCCAAAGAACUGUGACUGUUGCGCCAUCCAUGCACUGUAUAUUUACUUAGAAGUAUUGCUCACGGAGUUUAACGGAGCAAGGAACGUUUGCAUACUUACAUCUUUCGGUAUCUAUCUAUUCUAGGGCGUAGAGGAAGCAAAGCUUAUAUUUUCUCUGCCCUUGCCUGCUUCGAAUUGGAAGUCUACCGGUAGAAGGCUCCUAUCCUAAGCUGAGAAGCAGAAGCAGGACUCUUCGAGGCAGAAACGCGCGCAAGCGCAGCCUCGGCCCCUGCUUUGCUUGUCGGCGAGCGCUCGUCCGUCGCUCUGUCAGCGCUCCCUCGGGCCACACCUCUGGGGAGGGAGGCUAACGGGUAGGCGGAGGCAAGGAAGGAGGGAGAGGAGACGAGAGGGGAGACGGCGGCGUCUCUGCUCCCUCCCGGGGAAGAUCUCGCGGUGCUGGGCGCGCUCGGCUUCAGACACCGCCUCCUCCUUUCUGCUGGGAGCUCUGACUGUGCGCAGUGAAGCGGGCGGGAGCGCACAGCUGGGCGGAGAGGCACGCCGGCACCAGCUCCGGUAGGAGGAGGUGGUGGUAGAGACGGAGGCCGGAGUAGUAGUAGUGACAGCCGCGACAACAGCGUCUACUACUACUGCAGGAGGUGCGAGGAAGGCGCGAUUCGCCCAGCCAACCCGUCAGUCCUAGUCCCGCGUCGGAGCCUCGCCCAGUCCGAUGUCCCUGCGGCGGCACUAAGCGAGCCAACGUGCCUUCUUUCCUGCCGAGCCUUCUCGCCUUCCGCAGCCCGAACAUGGCCACCCCAGCAACGUGCACCCGCUUCACCGAUGAAUACCAGCUCUACGAGGAGCUCGGCAAAGGAGCUUUUUCAGUAGUACGGAGAUGUGUGAAAAAACCCACAUCCCAGGAAUAUGCUGCAAAGAUUAUCAAUACCAAGAAGCUGUCAGCCAGAGAUCACCAGAAACUGGAACGUGAAGCUCGGAUCUGUCGAUUAUUAAAACACCCUAAUAUUGUGCGACUCCAUGAGAGUAUUUCAGAAGAAGGUUUCCACUACCUCGUCUUUGAUCUGGUCACAGGAGGAGAGCUCUUUGAAGAUAUUGUUGCUAGAGAAUACUACAGUGAAGCUGAUGCCAGCCACUGCAUUCACCAGAUUUUGGAGAGCGUCAAUCAUAUCCAUCAACAUGAUAUUGUACACAGGGACUUAAAGCCUGAGAACUUGCUACUUGCAAGUAAGUGCAAGGGUGCUGCUGUCAAACUGGCUGACUUCGGACUUGCAAUUGAAGUUCAGGGGGAGCAACAGGCAUGGUUUGGGUUUGCUGGUACUCCAGGCUACCUGUCCCCUGAGGUUUUAAGGAAAGAUCCUUAUGGAAAACCAGUGGAUAUAUGGGCAUGUGGUGUUAUUCUGUACAUAUUACUAGUGGGGUAUCCCCCAUUUUGGGAUGAAGAUCAGCACAAACUGUAUCAACAGAUCAAAGCAGGCGCCUAUGAUUUUCCAUCUCCAGAGUGGGAUACUGUGACUCCAGAAGCAAAGAACUUAAUCAACCAGAUGCUGACAAUAAACCCAGCAAAACGCAUCACAGCUGAUCAGGCUCUUAAGCACCCAUGGGUCUGUCAACGAUCCACUGUGGCCUCCAUGAUGCACAGACAGGAGACUGUCGAAUGUUUGAGAAAAUUCAAUGCCAGAAGAAAGCUGAAGGGUGCAAUCCUCACAACAAUGCUGGUGUCUCGGAAUUUUUCAGUUGGCAGGCAGAGCUCCGCCCCUGCUUCGGCCGCCAUGAGUGCUGCCGGCCUGGCUGAGCAAGCUGCCAAGAGCUUACUGAACAAGAAGUCAGAUGGAGUAAAGCCGCAGACCAACAACAAAGCCAGUGUAGUAAGCCCAGCAAAAGAAACACCCCCAGUGCAGAUGUCCAUGGAACCACAGACUACUGUUGUCCACAAUGCUAGUGAUGGCAUAAAGGGUUCUACAGAGAGCUGUAAUACUACCACUGAAGAUGAAGACCUGAAGGUGCCCCCUCUCUCCAUCGGGGACAGCAGCUCAGUGCUUGAAGGACGGAGUCACUGUGAGAGCAAAACGCAGACUGAGUCCAUGCAGUCCCAGCUUUCUCUCUGUUAUUCAGCCACUACUACUACACAAUCUUGUGAAGAGAAACUUCUUGCCUGGGACAGCCCAGGGCAAACUGUGGAGUUGGAUCGUGCUCAGUCGGAGCCAGUUCUAACUCCAGUAGUUCCAUUUGCACUUAACAAUCCACCAUUGCGUAAACAAGAGAUCAUAAAGAUAACGGAGCAGCUGAUUGAGGCAAUCAACAAUGGAGAUUUUGAGGCAUACACGAAGAUCUGUGACCCUGGAUUAACCUCAUUUGAACCUGAAGCACUGGGAAAUCUCGUGGAGGGGAUGGACUUCCACAAGUUUUACUUUGAGAACUUAACGCCUGCCCAGUGCCUCUCUGAUAAAGUGACAGUGCCUGCUGGUAAAGUAUUGUCCAAGAACAGCAAGCCAAUCCACACCACCAUCCUGAACCCCCACGUUCACAUUAUUGGUGAUGAUGCAGCCUGCAUUGCCUACAUCCGCUUGACACAGUAUAUCGAUGGUCAAGGCCGGCCUCGCACCACGCAGUCUGAAGAGACCCGUGUCUGGCACCGCCGCGAUGGCAAGUGGCUGAAUGUCCACUACCACUGUUCUGGGGCCCCAGCAGCUCCGCUCCAGUGAAACUGAAACAUGGCAGCUUUCGGAGAUACUCAGCGGGAGGGCAAUCUCUUCUCAGCAAGCAGCUCUGGAGUGCCUGAAUUACAGCAACGGUCAUGUUCGUUUUGACGUUUUAAAAAAUAUAUGAAUUACAAACCGGCAGCAGCCAAAUGCACGAAGCCCUGCAUGAAUCUGAUGCUCCAGGCGCUGCCACCUUUCUGUUAUUUUUCCAUGGAUCCAUCGUGUCUGUUUCUGCUGUAUGAAGGUGUCUUUUAAAUCUCAAGAGAAACCCAUAUUGUUUGUAUAGAAAAGAGAUCAUCAUCCAUGAUGGAGUGUCCAGUGCCUCCUCUCCAGGGCUGGUGAUGGAGCAGCAGCUGUGGAGCAUCUUUCAGAACCAGAGCAAAGAAAGGGGGAGAAAGCAGCUUGGGCAACAAAAUGCUGAAACCUGUGCUCUGUGAAGGCACAGUGGGAACUAACAUGGUCAGGCUAUGCUGCAACUUUUCAUCGGGGAGAUGUGGCUGGCAGCAAGCUCUCAAGAUAAGCAUGGAGAAAGGCGAGCAAGGAGGACAUUUCUCACCCCUUUGCUAUCCAGAGACUGACUUGAGCCCAAGUGUCAGUGGUGGAGAAGCAGCAGCUAGCCGAUUGCUCGGCCACUGGGUCGCACUGACUGUGUAAAAACGAACAAGAAUGUUUUAAGGAACAAAUGUGAGCUGGAUUUAAAUAGCAUAGGAGCUUGCUCCUCAGUGGUGCACUCGUUUUUAGAAACAGCUAUUCCUUGGAGGUGUGAAGUCAGCUUAUAAGGAUAAAGUUUAAGAGCAAAUGAUACUACGAGGAAGAGAGUACAUGAACGGCUUAUUUUUUUCUAUUUUGAAUAGAUGGGAUCCAGAGUGCUGCAGAAUAUGUGCUCCUUAGGAAACAGUUGGAAAGCUUUGUGUUAUAUUCUGCCCUGAAGUUUUGCACACACAUGCGUUUGCUUCUUGUAUGGUGUGUAACUUAGUUUAUGUUUUAUACUGAAAUAGAUUAUAUAAAUAUAUAUAUAUGCACACACACACACCCCUAUAACUAUGGGGCUAUCUGGUUUCCCAGUUUUAUUUGUUUUCUGAUAAACUAGCAAAGGGAGCCAGCAACUUCAGGCAAGUGCUUUUUCCACUAGCCCAGUCCAUCUAACAUUGCUUUGUUUCCUGUUGUUCCAUUGAGUGUAUAUUUUUUAUUUCCCUCUCUAUCCAUGGUGGUGUGUUUACUCAGUAAACCGUAGAAUCAGAACCUCAGUUUUACUUCGUUCAGAAGGUUCUACAGUUUCUCCUGUAGUUUCUUCUAAUAGGGUAAGAACUUUACCCACAAACCUUACCUAGGGGAUUGCCGUUUUGCAUAGACCCCAUUUGUCUACUUUGCACCAUGAAGGUGAUCAAUAUUCUUUUUUCUCUACACAGAAAAUCUUUUGACAGUUGUACAUCUUGGCCAUUGCUUUAUCCUGUUUCCAAGUAGUAGAAGUGGGGUAGAAGCUUUCCCAGUAAACUUUGAAGUUCAGAUUUAUUCUGUUGCUUUCUGUGUACCCUGACUACAAGGAGCACCAAAGUUUUUUGCAUGUCCAGUCAUUCAUUUUGAGAAUAUGGAAUUCCAUUAUAUUUUGUUGCCUAAAUAGGAUGAAGCAGAAUUAGGAGGAAGGCAACCUUAAUGGAGCUCAGGACAAUAGAAAGUUAUGACUUGAUUCCAUGGAACAGAAGGUAUGCAUUUCCUGCUUUGCAGUGGAUAUUGCAGCUUCUGUUUCUGCUAACAAUACAAUUAGCUCAGCCCACAGCAUUUAUCAGAGCUUAUCCUCAGCACAGGAAAGAAAUUCACCCUUCCUUUUUCAGGCUCAACAAGAGUUACUUGGAGGAGAGAAGGAGGGAAGGAAUGCUGUAUCAAUUGGGGGGAUGGAUGGUAGACUUUUAAUGUAGAACAUACUUAGACAGCACUAAACUAGUGAACAAGGUAAGAAAGAAAAUCCUUGAUAAUUUGUUCAGGUUUUUAACAAUAAAGCCAUGAAGUGGGGAACAGGAAAGUCAAAUUCUGCAUGCUUUUCAGUCUGAUUGUUCCUUGCCUCUUUAUCUGAAGAUUAUUAAUAAACCCUCUGUAUUAAAUAUCUGCAUCUUUCACAGAUUUUUUUAACAGUUUGAGUUGACAUUUUUUGUUUUUGUUUUUGCACAGUCUUUAAGACGUUCUAAUUUAAUGAACCUUAGCUUGGUAUGGCCAUUAUCAAACACAGCUAUAGACCUUUAGCAUUCUUAAUGUUCUCUCAUGGGGUUAAUGUAAGCAUCUAUAUAUAAUAUUAUAUCACAUUUUAAACAGGAAAUGGAAGAUGUUUGAUGCAAAUUUUUGCAUGAUAGAGAAUUAAUUGAAAUCAAGUUAGGCUUUUUUUCUGAAUGUUGGUAGAACCUUCAUAGCUUUGUUAUAAGGAAACCUUGAACUGAAAAUAUUUAAUAAAAUAACAUUUAAAUUGUGCAGUCA